AUGUUUUCCCUUUCCAGUGCGCCCGCGAAACAAUCAGUUAGCGAGACCAUCACCGUGCUCAGCGGCCGCCUCAGUUCGGCAACUCUCCUCGAGGAUCGACGAGCUGCCAUCCUAGGCCUUCGAAGCUUUUCAAAAGAUUACCCGGCCUCUGUAGCCUCUGGAGCACUUCGAAGUCUAAUAGGCAGCCUCAGCAAAGAUGGCGAAGAUGUGGACACAGUUAAGGUGGUUCUCGAAACCUUGUUGAUGCUCUUCAGUCCAAAUGAAGAUAGUCCCGAAGCUUCAGAAGAGAUUGCGCUAUGGCUGGCCGACGAGUUCACGCAACGUCAGGAAAAUAUCACCUUGCUUCUCGACUUCCUCGAUACGAACGACUUUUACUCCCGUCUCUACUCUCUUCAGCUGCUCGCUGCCAUCUUGUCUGCACGCACCGAAAGGACUGAGGAAUGUAUUUUUACCGCUCCCCUAGGCAUCUCUCGUCUUGUUUCUGUCCUCGACGACCAGCGGGAUGCUAUACGAAACGAAGGCAUUAUCCUCCUGACCUACCUUACUCCAACCUCGAUCGAGAUACAAAAAUUGGUGGCUUUCGAGAACGCUUUCGAGAGGUUGUUCAACAUCAUCGAAGCAGAUGGUGCCUUGUCUGAGGGCGGAAGGACUGUUGAGGAUUGUUUAAUUCUUCUUGCCAAUUUGCUUCGGUCGAACACAUCAAAUCAGUCCCUCUUCCGCGAGUCGGGCUGUAUCAAUCGCCUUGCAGAUUUGCUCGGUCGAGUCUUGAAGCCCCAGAGCGAGGGUCCCGAAAUCGCGACAUGGGCACAAGCGCAGAAGAACCGGAAUAUCUACGCCUUCUUGGCUGUGAUCCGGCUGUUUAUUGUUAGAGGGUCAGCAGGGACAUCAUUGAAUCAGACAGCGAUCUGGAGGCAUGGCCUUGCAUAUCAUGUUCUUCAGCUCGCCUUCAGCCACGAGGCGCAGACUCAAAUCAAGGCCGAGGCUUUGACCACAUGCGGCGAUGUGAUACGGCAGAACGCCCCUCUGCAGGAGAGUUUUGCUCAACUAAUGGUCCCAUCACCCUUGGCCGGAGCCGAUCCGACUGCAGAACAAGCCAAUGGGCGUGUCAAGGUCUAUGUUAUCGACGGGCUGUUAGACCUGACGUUAUGUCUACAAGAUCCGCAAGAAUUCGAUCUUCGGUUUGCGGCGUGCGAAUGUUUGCAGGCUUACUUUGCGAACCAUGCUGAAGUUAGGCUUCACUUCUUGGGGCGAGCUAUCGAGGGACACCAGGCCGGUGUCGACGAGUCUUCCAAUGUCCUGACCGUUUUGCUUCAACCCCCAACCGACGUAUCCGAUCCAUACCGUCAGUGGUUCGCUGCCGUCAUUACGUUCCAUCUGUUGUUUGAGAGCCCUGCGGCUAAGGCAAAGGCCAUGAGCCUCACAGAAGGCGAUUCCUCCGACGGUGAAGAGGUUGUCACGGGUAUCCAAACUAUCACAGCCCAUGUCACGUCGGGCCUGCGACGUGGGGAUGAUGGGCGCGUCCUGGUUGGGUACCUCAUGCUACUUCUUGGCUGGCUUUUUGAGGAUCUUGAUGCGGUCAACGACUUCCUCGCCGAAGGAAGCAACGUACAGAGCUUGAUUCAGGCUGUAUCACAACCACCCACCGUGAGCGGCGGUGAACUUGUUCAGGGUUUGUGCGCCAUGCUGCUAGGCGUCGCUUACGAGUUCUCAACGAAGGAUUCGCCGGUUCCGCGCGCAACAUUACACUCUAUCUUGACGUCGCGAAUCGACCGUGAUCAGUAUCUAGAUCGGUUAGUGAAGCUUCGCAGUCACCCAUUUGUACGCGAUUUCGAGGUCACUCCCCAAAAGCUCGAUGCGUCGUCCCUCGGCCGCCUCCCUGACGUCUUCUUUGACCGCACCUUCAUCGAGUUCUUCAAGGAUAACUACAGUCGCAUAGCACGCGCUAUCGACAGGGAACCUGGAAUGGAAAUAUCUGUGGUCAGCAAUGGCGUUCAAAAGGGCAUCUCCAGGGAGCUGGUGGAUUCGCUCAGGGGCCAGGUCGAGGAGAAGGAGCGUGCGCUGAAAGAAGCUCAGGCAGCAUUGACAACUCUAGAGGGACAACUUGGCCAAGAACAAGCGGACCAUCGACGCACUAAGGAAACGGCUGCUCUCGAGAUGUCGCGGAUGAAAACAGUCAAUGAGGGUCUACAAAAGCAUCAUGGGGAAGAACUUCGCAAACUUCAAGGUCAGAUGGCGGCUAAGGAGAACGAUCACCGCAAGCAACUUGCCCAAGUGCAAACUCAACAAGCAGCUCGAGAUGGUGAUCACCAGAAACAACUCUCUCAACUGAAGGCACAGCAAACAGCCCUGGAGAACGAGCACCAGAAGCAGCUCGCGCAAGCUCGCAAGGCAGCUGAGGCAGAUGCGGAAAGGAUCCAGCGUCGCACGGAUGCUGAGAUCGCAGACCUAAAAGCAACCAUCAGCCGUCUCGAAGUUGACAUCAUGAAGGCACAAAAGGCAAAAACACAGGAGUUCAAGGAACUCCAAGCACGAAAUGCGGACAGUCUGACAGAGCAGAAGGACAAAUACGAAAGCGAAUUGCGAUCUCAGCGCGAAAGCAACGAGGCGGCAUUGAAGAAGCUUGGGGAGGAGCGCGAUGCUGCUCUGAAGGAGGCUCGUGACGCAACGGCUAAAUACCAGACCUUGGAGAAGCAGCUCAGCGAGGGUGGCAGCAAAGCCAAGGACUUGCAAGCCAAGAUCAAAAAGGCUGAGUCGGAAUUAUCGGAGUCGAAGAAGGCCAGAGAAACAACUCAGUCGGAACUUGAUGAUCUUCUUAUGGUCUUUGGCGAUCUGGAGGAGAAGGUCGCUAAAUACAAGGCGCGUCUUGUUGAACUCAAUGAACCCGUCUCAGAGGGUGAGGAUGAUGACGACGACGAUGAUGAUGAUGAAGACGAUGAAGACGACGACGAUGACGACGAUGAAGAUGAGGAGGACGACGAAGAGGAUGAAAAAGACGUUAAAAAGGCCAAGUGA